GGACGAGGAGUCAGGUCGCCAUGCACAACCGCUACUGGCUACCAUCCAGACAUCGGUUCCGUAUAAAGUAAUAGGCGCAGAGCAGCAGAGACAUCAGGAUAAUAGCGCCCAGCUGCAAUCACUUGUUUAGACAGUUGACAUUAACGGCGCUCCGUCUGUCCGUAACGCUUUCUGCCAGCUACCUUCGAUUAGUGCUAAACAUAACCCUACGUAUACAUUUCAGCUCAACUGAGCGCUGCCUGUUGGACCAAAGGGUUCGCAGGAUGGCGCGAAGGAUGGCCCCACGCGCUGGAGCCAUCGCGACUUUCGCCCUUCUUCUCGGCGCUUCCCUACGAAUCUCGCCAUCUGGUGCUGCAACAGUGACUUGCAUCUCACCCGCACAGACGCCAAUGCUCUUCUACUCGAGUCCCGAUAUGACCGCCAUGCUGGACGGUUUCGCGUGUGUCACCCGCCCCAACCCGUCGGCCGAUUGUGGCGGUCGCGUCUGCACAUCAUUCUCGUUUGCAUUCAACUUGACGAGCUUGGGCUCUCCUUUCAACGUCACCGGCCUGUGGGCAUAUCUGCCCGCUUUCGCCACGUCCCUGCCAACGUCUUCACUCCACGAUGUCGUGCUGACGCGGGCCGUUUCACCUGGAGAUGCAUUCGCCAUUCAAGUUACCCUCCGAGACUCUGCCUGCGACUUCCUGGUCGACUUCAAAGCCACAACCAUGCGUGUGGACCCGUCGAGCUUCAAUGGCUCUGCUUCGACUGCUGAGUUCACGUUCUACGUGCCUGCGGGCACAUCUCCGCAAUCGGCCGCUGUGCAGAUCAUCCGUGAUAACAGCCCGCCGCUGCCACCCAAACCGCCCACCCCACCCAGCCCCGCGCCGCCGGUGCCUCCCAGUCCUCGCCCCCCGUCACCGGCGCCGCCUUCUCCCCGGCCGCCCUCGCCGGCGCCCCCAAGCCCGGCGCCUCCCUCGCCCGUCCCGCCCUCGCCCCGGCCCCCCAGCCCAGCGCCCCCUAGCCCACACCCGCCUAGCCCAGCACCACCUUCUCCCGCGCCGCCCAGCCCCAAGCCGCCCUCGCCCAGCCCUCCCAGCCCCGCCCCGCCAUCUCCCAGCCCUCCCUCCCCAGCACCACCCAUGAGCCAGUUCUGCCUCCCAGCCUCCUCUCCCCUCCCAGCCAUCUUCCCUACGGAUAGCUGGGCGGUCGUCAUGAUGCCCUACAACAACACCUCCAGCGCCAACCUCACCGCCACUGUCGACCCCGCCGCCGCUGGCAUCGAAGGCGGCUGCGCCUACCUCCUGCCCUCGACCACGCCCAUGAACAUCACCGUCGCCCGCUACACGCUGGUGUUCACGGCGCCCACAGACCCUGCCGCCCAGCUGUUGGCCUGGGACCCCUCCGGGGCAGCGCUCCUGACACCCGGCGUGGUGGCAACCCUCCCCGUCCCUGCGGCUGCCACCACUGCCACCGCCUCUUCAGGCCUUCCCGUGCUGGUCUCUGGUGACGGCUCGCGACAGCCCCUCCGCCUGGAGGCCUUUGCCUCAUUCGACGCGUGCGACUCAGCCGUCCUCCCCAACACCGCGCCCAUCCACCUCACGCCUUCAACGCCCGGCUUCGUCAACACCAGCCGUCUUAUGAGCCUCUGCCACUCCAUUCCCAACGUCGUGCUGCCCUCGGAGCAGACGCCUGAGCAGCAGGCCGGAGGCGUGCUGUUGGACUGGUCAUUUGGCUGGGACGUGUCCGCCAUGCCCCCAGCCUUCGCCACAGACGGUUUUAUGGUGGAGCUGCCGAGCUAUGCGUUUGCUGCCGGGCGCGUGCUGCCGGCUGGCUGGUAUAACGUGACCAUGCAACGUGGGGCCGGCGGCGCAGCCACCACGCCCAACAUCCGUGUCACCCUCCAGCCGCCCGCCGCCGGGCGCCACCGCCGGAGCCUGCUGCAAGGCACUUCUACCGCUGCUGCCACCACCGUCAACGUCAGCGCUGCUGGCGCGCUGUACCUGCCCUUCGCGGCGGGCAUCAUCUCUAUCCAGGUCGGGGUGCCUGCUACCGUGCCGGCGCUGAGCGUGGCUGUGCAGCUUCGCCAGAUGCCUUCACCCCCGCCACCCCCGCCCAGCCCCGUGCCACCAUCGCCGGCGCCUCCCAGCCCUGCACCUCCCAGCCCCGCACCCAGCCCUGCGCCUCCCAGCCCUGCACCUCCGAGCCCGGCACCCCCGUCUCCUCCCAGUCCCCCACCUCCCAGCCCCGCACCGCCGGCGCCACCAAGCCCACCGCCCGCGCCCCCCAGUCCGCCAAGCCCUGCGCCAGUUCCGCCGAGCCCACCCAGCCCACCUCCGAGCCCCUCGCCGCCCAGCCCCCAGCCCCCCAGCCCCACUCCUCCCAACAACCCACCGACAGCCCCCAAGCCACCCAGCCCCCGGCCGCCGAGCCCGCGCCCACCGAGCCCGCCCCGCCCCCAACCCUCCACCACGACCGACCCUAACACCCAAAGCGGCGGCGGCGCGGUGCCUCCACCGCCGGCAGCCGGCGCCGCAUCUCCCCGUCCGCUGUCCAGCGCCUGGGGCGCCCUGAUCGCUGUCGCAAUCACAUGCAUGCUGAUGUACGUGCGUUAAGGCAGCAUCACAAGAUAGCAUGAUUUGAGUUGACCAGGACUGCCAUGUGGCUGGCCUAAUGCUUAAGAUAAGGUAUGUGGUUUGCGCGCAGUCUCGGGGGAAAUAAUUGCAGUAUGCCCUUCAUAGAACCUUCAUGCGGUUUCAGGGGUUUGCCCCAGCGUUUUAUAUGUUUGUAUAUGGUAGUAUUUAUACGUUGUUGGUUCGGAGCCGCGCAGUGUGCUUCGACGCUUGGAACACACGCUGGCCUUGAUUGAUUGUGCUGCUGGAAAGCGCGGACUGAUUGUUGCCCAUUCAUGAAGUGGUAGUGACGGGGUUACCCUUGGGUACGUAGUGAUAAGGGGUCCAGGCCGCUGAUAGGGUCUUGUACAGCUUCCAGCCCCUUGAAUGAUGAAGGUGUCUGGUUGGGGUCGAAGGUACGGUACGUAUCGACAAGUGUGAGGUUACGUACAGGAUUUGUCUUAAGAGCUACCAGCAACACGCCGGGUGCAAGGGCACAGGGAGUGUUCAGCUGGCACUGCAAGUACUCAAUGGCUGACGCGCACUAUAUGUAUGAUGGUUGCCGUACGGCAAAAGCCGCUGCCAGGCGGCGUGCUGGGCCAGAGAGCUAAGCAUAACCAGCCACCAGCAUUGCGGUGUGCUGGCCGAUUCGGGUGAGCAAAGCCACAUGAGUCAUGUAAUAGUUGGAAUAA